AUGAUCCACCGCGAAGUAGCCGAUGGUCUAGAGCGUCUUUGGAACGUAAGAGUAAACUGCAUAUGGGAAGCCGAUGAAAGUAGUCGCCAUGGAGAGGUUUAUAUAUUCGACCAUGUAUUUAAGCAGGAAUGUACAAAUUCAGAUGUAUAUGGAUCUGUAGUAAAACCUUUAGUCGAUUCCUUCAUGGAAGGUUUCAAUGCCACAAUAUUUGCAUAUGGCCAAACAUCUUCUGGCAAAACACACACCAUUUUGGGCAAUAAAACAGAUCCUGGGCUUUUCCAAUUAGUAUCCAAUCAGUUAUUCCAGCAUGUGGCAGACCAGGUUGAUAAGAGGUACUUGAUUAGAUGCAGUUAUAUUGAAAUCUACAAUGAAAAGAUCAAUGACCUCCUGGAUAAGAGCAAUCAGGGUUUAACUAUAAGAGAAGAUAUCAAAGGAAAUGUGCUGCUUGAUGCAAGGGAAGCUGUCGUAGACAAUGUUGAUAAAGUUAUGGAGAACAUGAUGCAGGGCAAUAAGAUCAGACGAGUUGCAGCUACUCGCAUGAAUGAGAGGUCAUCUCGAUCACACACGAUUUUCCGGAUUAUUCUGGAGUCGAAAGAUGCCAAUCAGAAAGAUGGACCUGUACAUAUAAGCUACCUUAACUUAAUGGACUUAGCUGGUUCUGAGAGAGUUUCUCUGACGAAAGCUGCUGGUGAGCGUCUUAAAGAGGGGGCUAACAUAAACAAAUCUUUGUCAGUAUUAGGAAAUGUGAUAAGGCAACUAAGCGAGGGGAAGGAGUUUAUCAGUUAUCGCGAUUCGAAAUUGACUAGACUGCUCUCACAGGCUCUUGGCGAUGUAUAUGGAUCUGUAGUAAAACCUUUAGUCGAUUCCUUCAUGGAAGGUUUCAAUGCCACAAUAUUUGCAUAUGGCCAAACAUCUUCUGGCAAAACACACACCAUUUUGGGCAAUAAAACAGAUCCUGGGCUUUUCCAAUUAGUAUCCAAUCAGUUAUUCCAGCAUGUGGCAGACCAGGUUGAUAAGAGGUACUUGAUUAGAUGCAGUUAUAUUGAAAUCUACAAUGAAAAGAUCAAUGACCUCCUGGAUAAGAGCAAUCAGGGUUUAACUAUAAGAGAAGAUAUCAAAGGAAAUGUGCUGCUUGAUGCAAGGGAAGCUGUCGUAGACAAUGUUGAUAAAGUUAUGGAGAACAUGAUGCAGGGCAAUAAGAUCAGACGAGUUGCAGCUACUCGCAUGAAUGAGAGGUCAUCUCGAUCACACACGAUUUUCCGGAUUAUUCUGGAGUCGAAAGAUGCCAAUCAGAAAGAUGGACCUGUACAUAUAAGCUACCUUAACUUAAUGGACUUAGCUGGUUCUGAGAGAGUUUCUCUGACGAAAGCUGCUGGUGAGCGUCUUAAAGAGGGGGCUAACAUAAACAAAUCUUUGUCAGUAUUAGGAAAUGUGAUAAGGCAACUAAGCGAGGGGAAGGAGUUUAUCAGUUAUCGCGAUUCGAAAUUGACUAGACUGCUCUCACAGGCUCUUGGCGGUAAUGCCAAAUCAUUGAUUAUCGGGAAUGUUACUUUAGCUGCAGAGGAGGAGACUAGAUCUACACCAGAAUUCGCCCAAAGCACUAAAACUGUCAAAAAUAAAACGAAAGUAAACAUCUUGUCAGCUACAGAAGAGACACUUCAAGGAUAUCAGAACUUGACUCGCGAUCUCGAAACUCGGCUCAAAAAGCAGGCAAUUAAGCUAAAAGAGAUGGAUAAAAGCAAACAAGAGUAUCUGCUCGAGAUAGAAAGACUAAAAACGGAAGUAUCUAUUGUCGGGCGCUUUCAAAUGGGAGCCUCGGCAUCAACACCGAAAAAAACAUUAAGACGUCAUACUUUUGGACACUAUGGCAACGUAUCACCUAAAAAAGCAUCCCUAGGGUAUAUGCCAUUGAAAAAUUAUCCACCCAAAGAAGAAUCAUCCGGACGUGAAAUGAGGCCUAUUCAAGAAGAGACAUAUGAGGAGGCACUAGCCGAAGCAGAAUCUGUGAUAGCUGAAGACGUGCAAGUGUACUUAAAAGACAACUCAAAGAACUGGAAGAAUCUUUCAAUGAGCUUAGAGAAUUCACUAAACUAG